AUGGCGGUCCCUGCACUCCUGAACGGCUAUGGCGCGCUGCCGCCGCCCGACCAGCUGCCAGAGGGGGACAUCCGCCGCGAGCGACCCCGCUUCAAGGCAUACGAGAAGGCGAGGGGGCGCCCGAUCGACAGGCGCUGCCGCUGCCGCUGCCCGCGGCCGAACAUUGCUCUGGUGGAGAAGAUCAAGGGUGUGGCUGCCGCCAAGGGCUGCACCCCCGCGCAGCUGGCGCUGGCCUGGGUCAUCUCCCGGGGCAGCGACGUCGCUCCCAUCCCCGGCACCACAAAGGUGGCGCGUCUGGAGGAGAACGUGGGCGCGCUGGGUGUGGAGCUCAACACUGCUGACCUGGCGGCGCUGGAAGGGCUGGGGGCAGAGGUGGUGGGGGACCGCUACGAUAACAUGAAGGGUGGGUCCAUGGGAGGGGAGGGGCUGGGGGCGGAGGUGGUUGGGGACAAUGCUUCGUCGUACCACUACGGUCGCAAGUGA